ACAGAUUGGACAAAUACAGAAGUGUCAGUCGUGCUCUGUUGCUCGAAACGAUUCCAAGAUGAGGGUGCUGUUAGUUUGCCUGGCAAGCUUACUGGUCUGCCUGAAGACGGCUGAUUUUCACUCAUUGCCGCAAAAAGAUUACGACACUGACACCAGUGGGAAUAGCAGCUUGGAUCCCAACAUCUCCAGCGGAAACCUUGAUUUUAACAUCACAACGUUCAUCGUGCGUUACGUAUAUAGGAAUGACAAGAAAGAGUCCAUGGGCAUCUACGCCCACAAGAACGGCAAAAUAAAAAAAGUUUUAGAAGACGGCAUGGCCAUCUCGGAUUGGUUUCCAAAGUCGUUCACCUAUUUAGGCAAUAAGGACGGUAUCUACGCUUACGAUAGCGACACAGAGAAGCUUGAGAAGUACGGCAAUCUGAGUGACAGCAUCAUCGGGAUCGCAAAAGAGAACCGCACCGACGACCUGUACAUUCUGACGGAAGACCACGUCGUCUACAAGGUCAUCGAGCAAGGCACCAAGAAGAUCAAGGUCAACGAGGCUGAGCAUGCUGAGCAAAUAGCGCUGGACUGGGAUGACAACUUGUACUACAUCGGAGCGAACAAUCAGCCGUAUGUUGUCGCUUCGCAUGGUGCGAAGAAGAUCGGAGGUCUUCCAACUAACCCAACCUCAGCGUUUAUCUCUAGGCCUCCGAUCACGAUAGAGCACGGAGCGUGGUUUAUGUCCGAAAAACAGCCCUACAUCAUCUAUCCCAACGCGACCAGCGAACCAUACGUAUUCAACGACCAAGAGAAGUUGGAAUAUGAGAAAAGAAAUCGUGCUGUCGAAGCUAUAUUCUUACAAGUGAGGGACCAAGCAGGGGAAUAAUGUAUUAUCUUCGGGUUUCGCGUGUUGUAGAGAUAAUUAAAAUUACUUUUACAGACUGACCGUGUCGGACGCAGUCGGCCAUGACCACGAAAACUGUAAAGAAUUCGAAAAAUUGGGAAUUUAAUAGUGACAAUAACAAACACGAGGUUAAGCUGUAAAAGUAAUUUUAAUUAUAGAAAUAACGUGUUUUUGUAUGAAAUGAAUGAUUCUUGUCGAA